GGAGAGGACAGUGACGCCCAAGGAGGAGGAAGAAAAAUAUCUGCGAAGUUUGUAUCUUUCGCUUUCGGAUCGGCUCCAACAAUCCACGUUCAAAAAACCCCAGUCCGAAUGAUCCAAAAAUCUCCGUCCCACCCUCACUCUGAUCAGAUGUUGGAGUUGAGAGUGGGGAUGGAAUCGCAGAAGAAAGGUCUCAGCUUUUACCCUCUGGUGGGAUGCUUGUCGGAGAUGGAGUUCCACAAGGACCCGGACUAUAGAGACCAUCUUCUCAGCUUCAGACUUCCUGAUGUCGGCCGAGCCUUUCAAGAUUUUAUGAGGACCAGAGAGGUUGCUGAGUUUUUUAGUGGUGCUAUGGCUGGGGCUAUGACUAAAGCUGUUCUUGCUCCUCUUGAAACCAUCAGGACAAGGAUGGUAGUUGGUGUUGGGUCCAAAAACAUUUCUGGCAGUUUUAUCCAAGUCAUUGAGCAGCACGGUUGGCAAGGACUAUGGGCUGGAAACACGAUUAACAUGGUGCGCAUAAUUCCUACACAGGCAAUUGAGCUUGCGACAUUCGAGUGUGUCAAACGAGCAAUGACUUCGACUAAAGAUAGAUGGACUCGCUCUGGUGGUCCAAAGCUACAAAUUGGUCAUAUUACGUUCAACUUUCCUUUCUCAUGGCUCUCUCCAGUUGCUGUGGGCGGUGCAGCUGCUGGAAUCGUGAGUACUCUCGUAUGCCAUCCACUCGAAGUGUUAAAGGAUCGCUUGACUGUAAGUCCUGAAAUAUACCCGAGUCUAAGCAUUGCUGCGAGCAAGAUCUACAAGGAUGGGGGGAUUGGCGCACUAUAUUCUGGUAUUGCACCAACAUUGAUUGGCAUGCUCCCGUAUAGCACGUGCUACUAUUUCAUGUACGAGACAAUCAAGAAAUCAUAUUGCCGGGCAAAAAACAAGGAAUCUUUGAGCUGUGCAGAGAUGCUUCUAUUCGGAGCUCUCUCUGGCUUAACUGCGAGCACGAUUAGCUAUCCUCUAGAGGUAGCAAGGAAGCGUCUGAUGGUCGGGGCUUUGCAAGGCAAAUGCCCGCCAAACAUGGUGGCUGCGCUAUCAGAAAUCGUGAGGGUGGAAGGAGUGUCGGGGCUUUACAGAGGCUGGGGGGCGAGCUCAUUGAAAGUCAUGCCGGCUUCAGGCAUCACCUGGAUGUUCUACGAGGCGUGGAAAGAUAUAUUGCUUGGAGGGAAACAACAUUACCUGUGAUACUCUAACUCUCACCUUUCAAAUCUGAUUUGUAAGAUGAGACAUCUGAACAAUCUGUCGAUAUAACUUAAAGAGUGUUUUUGAACACCAAAACCAGUCGUUUGCUGGAGCAGUGCAAGCGAUGAUAGAAGCAGGGGGAUGUGGUCGUUGUUUAUCCCCUUAAUUAGUUCACUUUGAACUUCUGAUGUUGGUGCCAUUUUGACAAGCACCAUUACAAUUUUCUUUUUGUUUUUCUACAACCAUGGCACUGUUUGGGAAAUUGUUGUAGUUUUUAACUAUCUAAUUAGAUUUUAAAUUGGAGAAAAAAAA